UCCUCCGCCACAUCCUCCGAUCUCCUCCGCUUCGGUUCCAAUCCCUAUCCAAAAAUCCAUUACUUAAGAGAGUCUGUUUCCUUUUUCCCCCAUUGCCUCCCACUGCGGUUGAGGGGGUCUCUUUUAGGGUUUCUUCCCCGCCCUUCAUGGCUCUGAUUCUGGAAGCUCUGGUUGAAAUCUCGCGGAAGCCCAACUUCGCGGACGUCGCCGUGGAGCUCGCGAUGUUCGCCGCCCCCCUCUGGAUCGCCGUCCUCGCCGGGCUGCUUCUUGGAUGGGCGUGGCGGCCAGGCUGGGCUGCCGGGCUGGUUCGCGCGUUGAAUCCCGAUUCCGCGCCUCCCCCUCAGCCGUCGUGUUCUGCUGGCCCCGACUCGUCCGUGGCGACGGCGCCGACGAAGGCGGACGGUGAUAGGAGCGAGAAGCUGGCGGUCACCGAGGAAGACUUGGAGCACCUGUGUCGGCUGGUGGAGGUGACGGAUGGGGGCCCGGUGUGGCACAAGAUGAUGGACAAGUCCUUGCCCAACAUGAGGUAUCUAGCGUGGCGGAGAGAUCCUGAGACGGGUCCGCCGCAGUACCGUAGCAGCACUGUAUACGAGGACGCAACACCGGAAAUUCUGAGGGAUUUCUUCUGGGAUGACGAGUUCCGGAUCAAGAAUGGUUGGGAUGAUAUGCUCCUCCAGCACACCACACUGAAGGAGUGCCCAACGACAGGGACGAUGGUGGUUCAAUGGGUUCGCAAGUUUCCUUUCUUUUGUAGCGAUAGGGAGUAUAUCAUUGGACGCCGCAUAUGGGAAUCGGGAAGGACUUAUUACUGCAUAACAAAGGGAAUCCCAUGCUUGGAUAUACCUAGGCGCAACAAACCAAGACGCGUUGACUUGUAUUAUUCCAGCUGGUGCAUUCGUCCAGCUGAAUCAAAAAGAGAUGGUCAGAUGACUGCCUGCGAGGUUCUUCUGUUUCACCAUGAGGAUAUGGGCAUUCCAUGGGAAAUUGCAAAGCUGGGAGUUCGGCAGGGUAUGUGGGGCUGUGUCAAGAAGAUCGAACCUGGCCUGCGAGCCUACCAAGCUGCCAGGAGGACCAACAAACCACCAUCUCGGUUUGUUUUCAUGGCACAGAUCAACUCCAAGAUUGAUGCCGAGCAGUUGAGAUCAUUUGAGAUCAGCAGCGAUGCAUCAGCUGAGAUUGUGGAAGCAGAGAAACAGAACUUGGCCUGUAGCAUACCCAAGAUCCUUCUGGUUGGUGGUGCUGUAGCCAUGGCCUACACCCUUGACCAUGGCUUGUUGACAAAGGCUGUCAUUUUUGGAGUUGUGAGAAGGUUUGCCAAGAUUGGGAAAAGAUUGUGAUCUGGAGUGAAAAAUCUGUAGAUGAAUAUAUAAUUAAGCAUCUCUGCGCACCAAUUACCAUUGUGUUUACAGUCUUCCCCUCUCAUGUGACGAGGUUGUAGAAGUAGAUGCUAAUAGAAAGACAUUCUGAACCUUUUUGAAAAGAAAUCCCAGAAACAGAGCAUCAUUUCAUCCUCUA